AUGUCUUUUCAACAAAACGGCACUGGCAGCAUUAACAAUGGGCGUGGUAGGGAAGCUCAAGGAAUGCAUUUCUAUUUACAUGUUCAACAAUGCGAACUUCAACACAAAGAACUCAUGAUUCCAAGGAAUUUUGCAGAGAGAUAUUGGAAUGAUGUACCAAAUCCAAUAUCCCUUAAACUUCCAAAUGGGUCAGCAUGCAAAAUGAAUUGGGUGCAACGCGGUGAUGGUAUUUGGCUUCAGAAUUGGAAGAGGUUUGCAUGGUCGCUCCGAAGUGGAGAUCUUUUAGUUUUCCAAUACAAAGGAGGGUCAGAUUUUCAUGUCAUCAUAUUAGAUGAUAGUAAAUUAGAAAUUGACUAUUCAAGUAUGAGAUGCAACGACGAUCAAGCAAAUACUAAAGAGAGUGAUGAUGACGACGACGACGACGAUGAUUAUGAGUGUGUUGAGAUUCCUAGUGAUAGUGAAAAUACAAAAAUUCCCCUCAAGAAAAAGAGAACCAACUCAAAUGGCAUUGCUACUACUGCUACUACACCUCAAGGGAGUAACAUUCACAUGAGAAAAACUAAUAUCAAUGCAUCCCAACAAAAAGUUUCGGUUUUUAAAGUUUUGCAGAGGCUAAUGGAAACACAGGACAUGGGUAAAAAAGCUAAAAAUGCACAAAAACUAAAUGAGAGAAGUUGCACAAAUUCUCAUCCCAAUGAGAGUCCUAGUUUCACUGUCAAAUUAUCGCCAUAUCAUGUUGAAGGUGAUAAUAGAUUGGCAAUACCUAGUUGGUUUUCGAAAGAAUACAUGAAUGAAUUAUUGCAAGGGAAGGCAACAAUUAGAAGUGUUGGUGAGGACAGGGCAUGGCACGUGACAUUAAACUUUCAUAAUAACAGGAGCAGUUUUAUAAUGAGGGCUGGUUGGAAGUCAUUUUCAAAGGAACAUGAGUUGAAAGUUGGUGAUGUAUGUAAAUUUGAGAUGACUCAACGCUAA